UGCUACAACGGGCAAAUUCCACCUCCUAUAAAAAUUCAAAUUCUAUUACUCUCUUCAAAACAAACAAAAAAAACUAACCUCUAGCUAGCAGUUGUAACAUCAACCCAAUAAUGUCUUCCUCUAAGCUAAGAAGCUCAUGCUCUUUCCCGUUACUUCUCCUUUCAUGCUUAAAUUUUACCCUUUUUAUCCUCUCCUCAGUUUCUAUUGCCCCCAUAAUUCUCCUAAAAGUGCCACCAACUUCACUGGGUUUUGCAUUCCUUGUGGUUUCUUGCAUCUCGCUUCUUUGCUCCUUUAUAGGCUUCUACUCUCAGUUUAAUCGCUUUUGUUUCGUAACCCAUAUCUCACUUCUCUUUGCAUCCUUGAUUGGACAAGUACUAAGUAUCUUAGCAUUAUUUACAAGAGAAAAAUCAAGUCUUUCAAUGCUCAAGUCACCAAUAGACCCAAAAGAGGCAAAGCUUUUAGUGAGACUGGAAUGUGGGAUUUUAAUGGCAAUGUUGAUUAUGCAAGUGGUGGUGUUAGCCUUAAGCUGCACUGUGCACAGCUGUUGGGUUAGAGAGUAUGAAGAGCUGGAAGCAGAGAGAGAAGCUACAGCUAAGAAAAGGAGUAGAAAGAUAGCAAGAGUACAAGAGGAAUCAAUGGCUAAUGCAGCUAAAAUUGCAGAGAUUAAAGCCAAUGAAUUUGAUGAUAAAAUGAAAAGCAAGUAUGGACAGUGGACCAAAACAGAUUUUGAAGGAUAAAAGGAUUCACUAAAUUCACUCCUCGUUUUGAGUUUUUAGAUUGUAAUAGCUAUUUUUCUGUGUUUUUUCUUUUUCUUUGGGGUCACUAUUGUGGUGGCCACUCUUACAUUGUAGCAUUACGUGUCAUAUUCUGGAUUUAUGUUGAGAUUUUUGCUAUUUAAAGUUUAGACAACCAAAGGUAACAAAAACAUAUUGGAUAGGA